AUGGACGGCUUCCUCACCGAGAUGGGACCGUUCAGGCCGACAAAGGAUAACGGAAGCAGCCUGGUGGAGAAUGUGUACUCAUGGAAUAAGCUAGCCAACAUGCUGUACCUCGAAUCACCACGUGACAUCGGAUAUUCGUAUCGGGAUAAGACGGCUCCGAAAGAUACUCUUUACAAUGAUGAUAAGACUGCCGUCGACAAUGUAUUGGCUCUCCAGGCUUUCUUUGCUCGAUUCCCCGAGUACAAAAAUCGUGAUUUCUACGUGACCGGCGAAUCCUAUGGCGGCGUGUACGUGCCGACCCUGACGAACUUGUUGGUGAAAAUGAUCCAGAAUGGCACCCUACCGUAUGUGAAGCUGAUCGGAAUGGCCGUCGGUAACGGAGCCUUGAAUCGAAUGGAUCUCGUCAAUUCCGGGCUGGACCUCGUCUACUAUCGAGGAAUUAUUGGAAAAAGCGAAUUCGACGCAAUGCAAGAGUGCUGCCAGGCGCCGCAAGAGCUGAGCGCGCCGCUGCAGAUGUGCAACUUCUCGCAAUAUGUUAAUAUUGAUGAUUACGGAAAUGCGGUCGUGGUCAACUACACGGACCCGGUGAAGCUGCGCUGCUCCCAGCGCACCGUCAAAUACGGCCAGGAUUUGGUGUGGAGCACGCUUAACAACGUCUACAACACGUGGGCCGACUGCUACACCCAGUCGCCCGACUCGAUGGAUAUGGGCGAGAAGUUGGAGCAGCUCGUUAGGCAGCACCCGUACCUUAAAUUAUUUGCCAACUCGAUCGACUACCAAAUGUUCAGCAACGGCCAGAACCCCUUCGUCGACCAGGGGAGCCAAGGCACCUCCACCUCAACAGACUCGGUUGGCGGCUUCUCUUGUUAUGCUCAGGCCGCUGCUACGGCUUAUAUGAAUCGGCAGGACGUGAAAAAGGCCCUCCAUAUUCCGGACGGGCUGCCGGCUUGGCAAUUGUGCAACGACGAUAUCAACGCCAUCUACUACAAGCAGCAGCACCCCGACAUGAUGCCCGUCUUCCAGGAGAUGUUCGACUCGGGCUACCCCCUCCGCUUCCUCAUCUACAACGGCGACGCCGACAUGGCCUGCCAGUUCAUGGGCGACCAGUGGUUCAUCGAGCGCUUUAUCGCCAAGAACAUGAUCCCCACCACCUCCCUCCGUCAAGUCUGGAAUUACACCAGGACCACCGAUUUCAUGCCCAGGAUUGGCGGCUUUGCCAAGACGUUCGCCUUGAACAACAUGACUGUCGAUUUGCUGACGGUUAGGGGAGCCGGCCACAUGGUGCCCACCGACCGCCCCGGGCCCGCCUUCCAGAUGCUCCAGAAUUACCUCGGAAAAUCGAACUAUACAUCCAUUGCUUCGAUUGACUACGCGCCGAAACCUUUGCUACCACAGUACCAGCCACCACCCACCAAGACUUGGACCCGAAAACAGGCCGACCGAGUCUGGGAUCUGCCAGGAAUCACCUACAACCUCAACUUCAAGCAGUACUCCGGCUACCUGAGCGGCGUCGCUGGAAACUAUUUGCAUUAUUGGCUCGUCGAGUCGCAGGGAAAUCCGAAAACCGAUCCGCUGGUGCUGUGGCUCAAUGGCGGCCCUGGAUGCUCAUCGUUGGGCGGUAUGCUCACCGAGCUCGGUCCGUUCCACCCGAAUCCCGAUGGAAAGACGCUGUUUGAGAAUGUUUUCUCAUGGAACAAGGUGGCCAACGUACUCUUCUUGGAAGGGCCGCGCAACGUCGGCUUCUCAGUCCAGAAUCGAUCGAUAAAUCCGGAUGAGGAUUACAAUGAUGAUAGGACAGCCAACGACAACUACCUGGCGCUGAAGGACUUCUUGACGGCGUAUCCCGAAUACGUCAAUCGGCCAUUUUACGUGACAGGUGAAUCCUACGGUGGCGUGUACGUGCCGACGUUGACAAGCCUGUUGAUCGACAAAAUUCAGUCCGGCGACCUGGUGGGGCUGAACUUGGCCGGGAUGGCGGUCGGCAACGGCGAGCUGUCCGCGCUGAAGCAGGUCAACUCCAUCAUCUCGAUGCUGUACUUCCAUGGGAUUUAUGGGAAGAGCGAUUACGAUCAGCUGCAAAAGUGCUGCAACAACACGGGCGAUCCGACCUGGUUCGAGUACUGCGAUUUCUCGCAGUUCAUUACUCUCGACUCCGCCGGAAACGCCCAAGCCAAGGUGGCCAACGAUCCGUGCGGGACCCAGGUGGCCGACCUCGGGCAGAUGCGUGUCUGGACGAGCAUUAAUGACGUGUACAACAUCUACCAAGAUUGCUACCAGACGACGUCGACGAUGCUUGGAACGCGGAUGUUCCGCCCGCAUAAGGAGGCCAUUCAGCGGCAUCUGGAGCAGAAGGUCUUCGUCGACCAGGGGUUUGCGAUUUUCAGCUACACCAUCAACGACAUUUACAUGCAGCAACAUAACGACACCGGCUCCGUUUUUGACCACAUCGUUAAAUCCGGCUACCCCCUGCGCAUGCUCAUCUACAACGGUGACGUCGACCAGGCCUGCAACUUCCUGGGCGAUCAGUGGUUCGUCGAGGAGCUGGCUACGCGCCAGAAUUUCGCCGUCGCCAAGGCGCGCAAGGAGUGGCGCUACAUGGCCCAGAUUGCCGGCUACGUCAAGCAGUUCAGCUACGGGUCAGGGUCGAUUGAUGUGCUGACGGUUAAGGGUGCUGGCCACUUUGUCCCCACCGACCGCCCGGGCCCGGCCCUCCAGAUGAUUGCCAAUUUCCUCCGUGGUCAAGACUACAGCAACAAGCUGAUCGUCUCGAAGUCGUUGACCUCGCUGACGCGCGGCUACCAGAAUGCGGAAAGGACAGCCCAGGCCUCAAACUACUCGGCGCCUACCGUAACCCGGCCGAAGUCCCCGAUUUCGGCGCACUACGGCAAGAAAAUGGACAUGCAUCUGGGGGCAGCGAAGGCGGCACGAGGAGUCAAGCUCGAGCUCCCGAUCCUCGACAUCCCCCCGCCGGCCCCGACCACCAGGGACCAGGACCGGAUUGAUGCUUCCCAACUGCCCGGCCUCACCUUCACCCCCACCUUCCAAAUGUACUCCGGAUAUCUCGACGCUUCGAAGGGAAAUCAUCUCUUUUAUUGGUACGUCGAGUCGCAAAAUCAGCCAUCCACCGAUCCGAUCGUAUUAUGGCUGAAUGGAGGCCCCGGCUGCUCAUCGCUUGGCGGCUUCUUCCAGGAAUUAGGCCCGUUGAGAAACAACCCCGAUGGAACGACGCUUUUCGAAAACAUCUACGCAUGGAAUAAGUACGCCAACGUACUCUUCCUGGAAGCCCCACGAGGAGUUGGAUUCUCCUAUCGAUCUAAUGAUGUAGAUCCGGAUACGAUGUAUAAUGAUACCUAUACGGCCAACGACAACGUGCUCGGCCUCGCGUCUUUCUUCCAAAAGUUCACCGACCUCCAGAAUCGGCCAUUCUACAUUACUGGAGAAUCCUAUGGUGGCGUGUACAUUCCAACACUUACUGACGCGCUGAUUAAGGGAAUUCAGGCCGGCACCUACUCGUAUAUCAAACUGGCCGGAGUGGCAAUCGGCAACGGCAUCCUCUCCGAGAUCAAGCAGAUCAACUCGGCCGUCUCGCUCACCUAUUUCAAGGGACUUCACGAUAAGGC